GCCGUCAUCAUUCAGGUUUCUAAGACAAUGCUCUCAUUACUGAUCGUCAUUGCUGUUCUGUUUUCUUCCACUCAGGCUGCAACGACGAAGAAGCCACCACUAUGUGGAACAUGCAUGCCCCGUACGGUUGUACUAACGCCAGCUGAUGGAACUCCAGGAUCUAUAACCCCAACAAUCAAGAUGUUGGCAAAUACAGCUCAAGGCUGUAGACAAAUGAAUAUAAUUUGCACUACUCCAGCCGGUUACUCGGUUUCGAACAUGGAGUUUAACAACUUUGGCCCACCACCAAAGACAGGAAAGAACAUCGCCACUUUGGUCUCAUGCUUCAAAGGAAUGUGGCGUACAACAUACCAAGGAUCCUACAUUGAUGAUGUUAUAGUCAGACGCAUAUGA